AACCAACUCUUUCACUGGUGAGGUCUUCGAAACCUCCGCCCCGUUCGAUGUUUCUAAGAACUCCCUUCUAAUCAGAACACAAAACCCCCCCUUAAAUCCCAUCACUGCCCAUUGCUACCCACUUUCCCUUCUAAUCAGAACACAAAACUCCCCUUAAAUCCCAUCACUGCCCAUCUCCGACUGCCCAUUGCUACCCACUUUUCUCUCUGUUUCACUGCCAUUGCCGCUUCCAAAUCCCAAAUGGCUCAACUUGUCAAGACCACCUUCCUUCCCUCUUCUUUUCACCGGUGCUCCACCAUCCACAUUUCCUCUAACCGUGCCAGGACCACUCAAUUGCAGGACAAGAUCGGGGAGAUCUUCAUGCCUGAGGGAAAGAUUGUUUCUUGGGUGAAAUCAGAGGGAGACAAGCUUUCCAAUGGUGAAAGUGUUAUCGUUGUUGAGUCUGAUAAAGCUGACAUGGAUGUUGAGACUUUCUAUGAUGUUUACUUGGCUGCUAUAAUGGUUGAGGAAGGCGGAGUUGCCUCCGUAGGUUCUGCUAUUGCCUUACUGGCAGAAACCGAGGAGGAAAUUGCUGAGGCCAGGUCCAAAGCCUCCUCCUCAUCAGCUGCUGAGCCGGGUUCUACCAGUAUUAGUGCUCCGGAACCGCCGCAGCCAGAGAAGAUUGCGGACCCUGCGGGACCUGCAAUUCCAGAAGCAGCAGCUGCUGUGGCAUCAGCUGUGCACCCAGCGACAGAGGGAGGGAAAAGGGUGGUGGCAUCACCUUAUGCGAAGAAGUUGAAGGUGGAGAGAGUAGUAGUGAGUGGACCUACGGGUAGAAUUGUGGCUAAGGAUGUUGAGGGUGCCGCCGCUGCUAGCUUGGCGUCUGCUACGGCUAAUUUGGGAGCAACCGUAAGUCCGCCGCCUGGAAUUGAGUUGGGGACGGUGGUGCCAUUUACGACAAUGCAGGAGGCAGUUAGCAGGAAUAUGGUGGAGAGUUUGGCAGUUCCUACUUUUAGAGUUGGCUACACUAUUACUACUGAUGCACUUGAUGCUCUUUACAAGAAGAUCAAGUCUAAGGGAGUGACCAUGACAGCCUUGCUUGCAAAGGCUACAGCCCUUGCUUUGGUUAAGCAUCCUGUUGUGAAUUCCAGUUGUAGAGAUGGUAAUAGCUUUACAUAUAAUAGUAGCAUCAACAUUGCAGUUGCUGAGGACAUGGAUGGUGGGUUGAUUACACCAGUGCUUCAAGAUGCUGAUAAGGCUGACAUUUACUCAUUGUCAAGAAAGUGGAAGGAGUUAGUUGGUAAGGCCCAGGCCAAGCAGCUGCAACCUCAUGAAUACAAUACAGGUACUUUCACACUUUAUAACCUUGGAAUGUUUGGUGUGGACUGGUUUGAUGCCAUUCUGCCUCCUGGAACUGGAGCAAUCAUGGCUGUUGGUGCAUCUCAGCCAUCUGUUGUGGCCACCAAGGAUGGUUCUACCUGCUUGAAGAACCAGAUGCAGGUAAAUGUUACAGCAGAUCAUCGAAUAAUUUGUGGCGCUGAUCUGGCUUCUUUCUUGCAAACCUUGGCAAAUAUUAUCGAGGACCCCAAAGAUCUUACUUUGUAGUCACACACCUGGUCAGCUGUCACUAAUUGAAGCCUUUUCUUCGCUCUGUCACAUUACCUUGACCUUUUUACGUGUUCGUGAAACUGAAUUCGUUAAUCAAUCCUUGACAUCUACAUGAGGAGACUCACGCUGAAAAAUGCAGGUGCUGAAUCACUCUGCUCAAAGUUCUUCAUGGAACAGGAGCAGAAUUUUGAAGGGCAAUGUUUAUUUCUGUUUGAAACUUUACAAUUUUUUGUACUUUACUGAUGCCAUGUAAAGGGUCUUUUCUGUCUUCUUAGAAAUGAUUUUUUUUGUUAAUAAAUUAUAUUGUCAUCACAAGAUAUGCAAAGCACGAAUUUGAUAGACUGAAUUGUGAUUUUGUUCUGGGUGAUAUGUCAAAUUUUUUACUGCAAA